AUGGUUUUUCUACCAUUCGUCCCGUUCUUUCUACUUAUCCUACCGGCACUUGCUGCCAGUCUUGAAAAACGACAAUGUACAGGCAAUAACUGCCUCCGUGCCCUCCGUGCAUCUAGAAGGAUAGAACAAGCAUCGCUUGAUUGCUCUAUCUUUUUUGACUCCUCUGUUAUUAUAGUAUCUACGGCGACUACAACCUUCGUGUCGAUAAUACCCACCGAGGUCACUACUACAACCGUUUACUCCAUAAUCAAUCGUCCUGCGACAAGAAAUAAGGACAAGCGUGAUCCAGAGCCUAUCGUACCUCCAAAAGCUCGACAUGUGCCUACUCCGAUAGCCCUGGUUCCGCGUCAAGAAGCAUCGAGCACUGAUAUCGAACUGCCCGCGUAUGCAACGGCCUGUCGGGGUCCAAGCGCGUUCGCCAGCGCUUGCUCAUGCAUUGGGGUUGAGCAGCCGACUGGAACAAUUACUGUUACUGAUACCACUACCUCAACUAUUACCGGCCAGACCCGCACGAGAACAACAACAGUGACCGUCCCCGCCUGUGACCCGAGCCAAAACUAUGGCAUCGCAUACAGUGGCGGCGGUGCAGUCCCCGGCCCCGGUGUUUCCGGUUCAGAUUACAACUUCCAGCAGCUCCUAAAUGUCACGGACAGCGCUUCAUGCUGUAGAAGGUGUUUUGAAACCGUCGGUUGCUUUACUUAUGAUUUAGUAGCUUCUUAUUGCAGGAUUAAUUUCCUUGUAGCGGGAAGGAGUGAGACACCGACGGAUACGGGACUGUGUCCGUAUGGUCGGUUGAUUGAGUUUACUGAUCCGGGGAAUGCAUUCGGCCUUGGUCCUUGCAAUUCUUACGGCGGACCGGCGUCGUGA